UUUAAUCUUUGACGAUGACUUCUCAGCUAAGCUUUUCUCCUCUUCUGCAACAAAAAGCUAAAAAAUCAAACUUUUCAUCAGAAAAGCAUAGAAAAGAAUAAUUUUUCAAAUCAAUUUUAAGGAAAAUGAGAAGAAGACCUGGAAUCGGAGGCUUACAAACAGCUGCAGCGGCUAGGGAUCAAUAUCGGUUACUGGGAGAAAAUGUAGCCAAGUUAAGAACCGAUCUCAUGAAAGAACAGCUCGCUACUUUCCGUUCUCAACUCGAAGAAUUCGCUCGAAAACACAAGACAGGGGUGCAAAUUGUUGAGAUAUGCUUGGCAAAUAGGCCUCUUAAUGGAGGUUUGAUCGACCUGCUGGAACUAUGCAAAUUGCUUCGUCAGAAACGAAAACAUGAUCGUGAAGCUAUAUCUGAGGAUGACUGUUUGCGUGCUAUAAGUAAGCUGCAGACAUUGGGUAGUGGAUUUGAAGUGAUAUCUGCUGGAAAGAAAAAGCUUGUUCGAACUGUUCCAACUGAGUUGAAGAAAGACCAUAAUGAAAUUCUGGAGCUAGCACAGGCUCAAGGCUAUGUGACUGUUGAUGAGGUAGAGAGACGGCUUUCCUGGACGUAUGGACGUGCUAUAGAUGCUUUCAUUUGUUUCUCCCUUUUCUAUUUGCUCUGCUGUUUUAUAUUCUAAUAAUACCUGCAGAUUCAAACUUCUUAUAACGAAAUCAAACCUCAAAUUAAAAUGAAGUGAAAGAAAAAG